AUUACUGUGCGACUAUAGCGGAAGAGACGUGGCAAAGAAAAUCCUUUCCGGAAGAAAAUGUUGCUCAAAUAUGAAGAUAAAUAGCUAGGUUGGCACACUUUACACAGUAGAGAGAAGAUUGACUUGUGGUGAUUUCCUGAAUUCCCUUUGUUUUGGGUGGCAACACGGGUGUGUUUAUGCGCAGUUUGACAGGCAGACCAUGGGUCUGUGUAAGUGUCCGAAGAGGAAGGUGACGAACCUGUUCUGCUUCGAGCAUCGUGUCAAUGUGUGUGAACACUGCCUAGUGUCCAAUCACAGCAAGUGUAUUGUGCAAUCCUACCUGCAGUGGCUCCAGGACAGUGAUUACAAUCCUAACUGCAGUCUGUGUAAACAGCCUCUAAAUUCCCAGGACACUGUGAGAUUAGUGUGCUAUGAUCUUUUCCACUGGUCCUGCUUGAAUGAACUGGCAUCACGCCUGCCCCUGUAUACAGCGCCAGCGGGUUACCAGUGCCCGACAUGCCAGGGACCUGUUUUUCCACCCACCAACCUCGCCAGCCCUGUGGCCGACAUGCUGAGAACGCAACUGUCCUCAGUGAACUGGGCACGAGCAGGACUGGGCCUUCCGCUGGUGAGUAGUAGGGUCGAAGACCAGCCUGAGGUUGAAGAAAGCACAACACACGAUGUGACUGAUUAUACAGACUGGACCUUUGAUGCACCUUCUGCUGAGUCGUCCAUUUCUGCCCCGUCACUCUCUUAUGCCCCAGAGCCGACAGCCACUCUGGCAUGUUCCCAUCAGGACUUGGGGCACAGCCACAGCGUACACAAUAACGGAGGAUUGGGGGUACAGGAGCACUCCGUCAUCGACAUGAUCACAGCCACUGCACCGGACACUAUCGUCAUCAACAAAGCUUCUUCACCUAGAAAGGUGUACGACACACGAGAAUCAGGCCACACUUCGGACACCCAAAUCGACUUCGAUGACGAUAAGUACCGGCGAAGGCCAGCACUCAGCUGGUUUGCACAGAUCCUAAAGAACCGCUUGGGCCCUAAGAGAAGGACAUUCACACUAAAGCAGAGAAUCUUCAUGCUCAUGCUCCUGGGAGUGAUCGGCUUCUUUACCCUCAUCAUCAUCAUGGCCAAGCUGGGCCGGGCUUCUGCUGACGAAGACCCCAACCUGGACCCCAUGUUCAACCCCAAUAUCAGAGUGGGCAACAUGUGAACAGAGUGCAGCUCCUGUAGAAGAAAACGAGCAGGAAGUGCAGUGUGACUGUCCUGAGGGCCGGGACCAAUGCGUAAAUGCCUGUUAUCAUUGUGGGAAUGAUGAUAAGCCAGUCACUUUUCUUCCUAUUGAAAAAUCUCCUCCUUCAUUUGACCAGUUGCAAAAGUCUUCUGUUUGCUAUUUAAUUCAAAGUUGUCUUUGAAUUAACAUCUGGAAGGCACUCUGAAAAUUAGACCGUAUUUAACACUUUGCAGUGUUUAUGUGAAUGCAGUAAUUGGAUAUGUGUGUUUUUGGUAGGAAGGAGAGAACAUUCUGAGAAAGCAAUAUGCCUAAUUUGCAUAGUUUAAUUUAAAAAAAAAAAAGGUUAGAAUUUAAGCAUUUGCAGUUGCAAUUCCAUGGUAUUGGAUACCAAAGCUGUCCUUUGCAGCUCCAAAUAGAAAUGAGUGAGACAUUGCAGUGAGAUAACGGUGUGUGUGUGUGUGUGUGUGUGUGUGUGUACAAUCAUUAAUAUGGUUCAUGCCAUAUUUUUGAAUGACAUUUGGGUUAAAAUGGCACAGAGCCAUGUUCUGACUAAAUAAUAACCUGGCUCACCAUUGUCCAAUCUGUCCACAUGUUCAAUCUGUAUAUUCCAAAAUAUAUUGUUUAUUCUGUAACGUAUUUUCAGAUUCCGGUUUUAAUCUGAAAACAGUCAGUAGAACUGGUCUUUAAACUGAAGAUCAUUUGGUUUUUGCUCUUUGAUUUUUGUUCGUGUAUCUGAUCACGCUUUACAUUAAGGUUCGCUUAACUGACGUUAUUUAACGUGUUAGUUAACACAAAGAAAACAUGACACUUUUAUAUAGUCAAUUGAUGUUUUUUUUUUUAACAAACCAAAAAAGCUAAAUAACACCUGCAUUAAUCAAUGUACAUAUCAUCAAUGAGUAAAAUUAAAGCCCAUAAUAAACAACACGAAUUAGUAAUGAAUGUUUGCGGUUGUUAACUGAAAAAGUGUAUAGUUUUAAUACUCCCAGAGAACUUUAGGAGGAUGUUGUAAUUUAAUUUUUGAUCAUUUCUGUGGAUUUUUAGUCAUGGAUUGAAUAAAACAGUCAGUGCAGGUGUAUUAUGGUUCGUUAUGUAAGGAAUAAUACAUUGGGGCGGGGAUGCUGUUGUUGUUACACUGAUAAUAACACUCCAAUAACACACUAUAACCAAUAACUUCAAGUGUUUUAUUCCUCUUAUACCACAGCAAUUUGCCAGCAAUUCCAAUUCAUUCAUUACAAUUAAUUUGUUAAUGAAUGACACAUCAUGCUAGUUGGAUUUAAUGUUGUGGAACAUCCAUAAGAUGAGUUAGUUCCUGUGAUCACUUA